AUGAUUCCGUCAAUAUGGCUUGUGUUAUUAACAUUUAUAUUAGUGAUAUUGUACAACUAUAUUAGAAAAAAUACUCGACGAUGGAAGAACCUAAGCAAGUUUCCUGGAAAUCUACCUCUACCAUUAAUCGGAAAUGCUUUAGAAAUUGGAUUUGAUGCUGAUGAUAUGUUUGUAGAGGUAUCCCACAAGCUAAUGGAAAUGUGGAGAAGAUAUGGAAAAGGCAAUUUCCGGUUAACUGUUGGAUCUGAGGACUGGGUGUUCUUAUCUGAUGCUGAUGAUGUCGGGAUAAUUUUAAGUCACCCUACUGAACUUGGAAAACCCUUGGAAAGGAACGCAGCAAUGAUGCCGUUUUUUGGAAAUUCUGUUUCAACGUCAGAAGGAGAAAGAUGGCGAUCCACCCGCAAACUUAUGUCUCCAAGUUUUCUAUAUAAAACAUUAGAAAAGAAAAUAGACGUUGUAAAUGUUUAUUGCGAACGUCUGUUCAAUAUAUUUGAUGAUUAUGUGGAUAAAGGGAGCAUAGAUAUGUAUCGCUACUUGCGACCUUUUAUGUUUGAUAUUUUAUGUAAUUCACUAAUGGGAGUUAAUUUAAAUCUUCUUGAUAAUCUGGAUCAUCAUUACUUACAAGCUGGUGCAAAAGUUGUUAAAAUCAUCACUGUUAAUUACUUCUCGUAUUGGAGAAAUAUUCGUCCGUUAUUUGUAUUAACCUCAUAUUAUAGAGAAAUGAUGGCUACCGUUAAGACUGUUCGGGAUACAAGCACAGAUAUAAUAGCCAAAAGGAGAAAAAAGUUACAAAACUUUCUUGAAUAUACAAAAAUUAAUAACAAAAAUGUACACACUGCGGUAGACAAAAUAAUCAACGAAAAGCUAUCAGAUGAUAGCUAUCUUUUAGAUAAGUUUAUUCUCAGUAAAUCGAUUAACGGGGAUUCCAUUCCAGACGAAGUAAUAAAUGACGAAAUUAGCCUUCUAUGUUUCUCGGGUCAUUACACAAUGACAAUGACAUUGAGUCAUACACUUUAUUGCUUAGCAAAAUAUCCAGAAGUGCAGGAGAGAGUAUAUGAAGAACAACUAUCUGUAUUUAAUAAUGACAUUUCGAAGAAACCUACUCAACAAGAUUUAAGUGAAAUGAAGUAUCUUGAAGCUGUCAUCAAGGAAAGCUUACGUGUAAUACCAACGAUUACGAAAAUUGGAAGGCAGCUGAAAAAUGAUGUUGUAUUAAAAGAUGGUCGAAUUGUUCCUGCAGGAAGCUCAGUAAUAAUAUUUAUCGAAGCAAUGUCUGUUGAUCCCAAAGUGUUUUCACAACCCGAAGACUACAACCCAGAUAGGUUUUUAAAUAACCUUCCCCAAUUUGCUUUUGUGCCAUUUAGUGCAGGACCUAGGAAUUGCAUAGGUUUCCGGUAUGCCUGGGUGGCGAUGAAAACAACACUUUCGAACAUUUUGCGCAAUUACGAAAUAUUACCUGGGGAACCGGGAACGGAGCCACAAUUUAAAUAUAGAAUAGUUACUGAAUCUGCAAAUGGUGUAAAAUUGAGGUUGAAAAAAAGGAAACACUAA